AUGGGAAGCAUUCAAGACAGUUUCCUUCCUGGGAAGGAGCAUCCCAGUAAGUUCACCGAAAGGGUGCAGGAUCUGAAGGAGUUAGGGGAGCUCUCUCCUCACUGGGACAACUUAAGGAAGGAGGUGAUGACACGAUACAGAGGAGUCAUCGGUUCUUACCAGGAGACUUUGGCUGAACUGGACAAGAUCACUGACGCAUUCUAUGACAUCGUCACCGUCGGUGCUCCAGCAGCCCACUUCCAGGGCUUCAAGUGUGGCGGUCUGCAGCGUCUUCUUUUCAGAUAUGAAGCAGAGAAAAAAAGCUUCAGCACUGCCUACCAGUGUAUCUACUACUCCCCAGAGCACACAGCCAAAGCUCAGGAGGUGCUCAGCACCAUGAGUCUCCUACAGCCCCUCAUCACAAGCUUAGCAGACCAGCUCCUGCAGGCUGCCCAUGAGCACUCCUCCCCUGGAUUGAGGGAUGCACUCAAGAGCCUCUCUGACAAGACGGAACAAUUUGUUCACACACUAAAGGAUGAAUUGGUCAAGAGUGCUCUGCUAGCACUCCAUGCAGCCCGGCCGGGGUACGUCUCUAAAAGCCAGAGGCAGACUCCAGUGCAGGGACAUCAUCCAGGCUACACCGGCCAAGACGGCGACCAGAAUCAGAGCCGAGUCCAGGGCGUUCCUGCCCAUAACCCGCCCACAUCCACUACAGAGAGCCCGGUGGUGUGCAAUAAUGUGGAGGGAUCACAAACAGUUACUGGAGGAGAAGCUGAACAAGCGCCAGUGAAGCACCAAGAUUCAAUACCGCAUCAUAAAGAGUACGAUGAGGAGGAAUGGGACAGGGUGUGGGCUAAUGUGGCCAAAUGCCUCAACUGUGUGAUCGCCAUGGUGGAUAAACUCCAGGAAGAGGACAACAGAAAGCAGGAGCCAGUUCCUGAGCAGCAGCUAGCUGAUGUGAUCACUUCGCACAAUCCUGGUGACUGGAGGGAGCAGUUGUGCCCGGUGGUGACCAGGUUAAAGGAUUGUGUGAUGGAGGUGAUGGAGAGAGCCAAGAGAGCCAUGACUUUUGUGCUCCUGCAGGAGGCAGCCUGCAGCAUACCACAAGGCUUUCUCCUCCAACAGAGGCGAGAUGUGGUCUUCAGCCAGGCACUGGCAGCCUUGGCCUGUGGUUUCGUCAUGAGGUUGUACGCAGGAAUGGAGGACAAAGACUUCCUGAGACAGCUCCACCAAGUUGGCCUGGUCGCCCAGUUUGAGAGUCUGCUCAGCACUUACAGUGAAGAGAUCGGGAUGCUGGAGGACAUGGAGGUUGGGAUUUCAGACCUGCAGAAAGUUGUGUUCGUGAUCACUCAGGCCAAGACAGAGGAGCGUAGUGAGCUCCAGCCAUUAGUGUGUGGCCGACGAGACCACAUCACUGUUGAAGUGCCAUUACCACAACUGAUUUUCCAGUCCUUGCCAGAGGAAAUCAAAGAGGGCAGGCCACUGCGAGUAUUCCCUGUACUAUUCAAUGUGGGCAUCAAUGAACAACAGACUAUAGCAGAGAGGUUCGGGGAUAUCUCUCUACAAGAAAGAAUAAACCAGAGGAACUUUGAGAUAUUAGAAGCCUAUUAUAAAUUACUAAGUGAAAAGGUGCCACUAGAGUGUCUACCAUGUUUUCAGACACAGACUGACAUAAAGGAAUUAUUAGAAACCCUUGGCCAAAAUGUAGUCACAAAGAAGAGGAAGAAUGUGGAAAUACUAUGGAUUGCUGGAACUAUCUGCCGAAGGUUAAAUGGUAUCAGGUUUACCAGCUGUAAAAGUGCCAAAGACCGAACAUCCAUGUCUGUCACAUUAGAGCAGUGUGCUCUGCUGCGGGAUGAACACCAGCUCAGCAAGGACUUCUUCAUCCGUGCUCUGGACUGUAUGAGGAGAGAAGGAUGUCGGAUUGAAAACGUUCAAAAGAACAUUAGAUGCAGGAAAUACGCCUUCAACAUGUUGCAGCUGAUGGCCUUCCCCAAGUGCUACCGACCACCAGAGGGAACUUAUGGCAAAGUUGACUCAUGA